UUGUGUUGCGAUGCCAGCGGCGCGCAUACGGACGAGCGCGUGAGUAGCUCGCCGCGUUGACAAGACAAACAUCACAAGUCUUGUCACAGCAGGACUGAAAAGCUAGCUGGGCGUGGAUGUAAGCAAGACUGUUGACGACUGUGGGAUGGGAGUAGAAGGCAUUGGUGAGCAGUAACAACGUCUCCGUCCCACGAACUUUGAGGGAAAACGACAAUGUCUCUGAAGCAAAAUAUUGCAACUGCUGUCCGGCAGUCCAGCCUGGCCAAAUCCAACCGGAUGGGGGAGCUCUUGCAACGAUUUGAGAGCGGCGUGCCGUGCGGGACCCCGGACGACAUCGACUUCCUCAUCGAUGAAAUCGUGAAGCGAAUCGAAAGGCGGUUGCUCUGCAGGCUAGCCCGGCUGUCCGAAUUGGCACCUGAUCAAGCCAGCGAGGGAGACGAACAUACCAGAGCCGCUAAAUUCCCAAUACGACCGCGUCGUACUAUAAGCGAGACGACUUUGCGACAUGAAGCCCGCCUGAUAGUCGACCAGGUCUUGAAGAUUGUCAUUCGACAUCUCAAACUUGUCGGUCAGAAGAAAGCGAAGACGGGUGAGCGGACAUCCAAACAGCCUGGAAGGGAAGUGGUAACUUCCACUGAGCACCGCGCAUCGACAAGUAGGGAUGGCGAUACGAAAAUAAGCCCGCAGAUCGUCAAGCGGUACAAUUACGUCAAGUCGAGCAAGCAAGCCGAGCCCAGACGCCUCAAGGAGAUACAACCAACAGCAGAAGGUGUCGAAAACACCAAAGAGGCUCAGGCUUAUCAACGACUUCCUCCCAGAGACGGCGAUUCAGUGCGCACAGCCACAACCUAUGCGCUAAGGAAAGCUGACAAGACCUCUCUUCGACGUUUCAGUGUGACCGGUAACGUCAAUGCCCUCAUGCUUGCCGGGGAGUGGGCAAAGGAUGAUGACAAUAUGGAAAUCAUCACUGAAUCAAAACCAGCGAGUAAGACAGUCACUGCUCCAAUCCAUCAAGAUGUCAAAAUACUCCUUGCAUCAAGUGGUGACUCUUCUGAUGAUCGGGUUCAUCGUAAGGUUCCCUGUGAUGAUGCCCCAGAGGAAUACAGAUACGCACCUUUCACUCCACGAAAAGAACCGCCAAAGACAAGAGGAAUAAACCAGUUCCUGAACUCCAGCUUCACUUACGCCAGGAGGGCUGAGAUCAAGAAGUCCCUGCCGAAGUUUCUGGUGUCCAGGUCCCGCGAAGCCAUGAUGACCAUGUUUAACGCGAUCCGAGUUGCGAUGGCCGAGGAAGAGAUUGAAAACUUGGAUUACGCUGGUGUCUUUGCUACUCUGAUGGACCGGUCACUGGGCAAGAAGGACUUCCCUCAGCAAGCCACAACCUCCGACUCAAGGCCAAAGGCAAUUUUCCGUCAGCAACCAGGCACAGAACGUUUAUCGGAAAAGAAGACAGCGGCAAAACCACGUUAUGAUCACCGUCCCAAUGGUAAAAAUGUGCCUAGUUCGGCCGAUGGCAUAUCCAGGGAUCGCCUAAAUGCCCGUCAGCAGAACUUCGGCACAUUGGGAACCUACACGCUCCGUAAAGCAACCCGGUCCUGCCUCCGUCACAUGAUACAAAAAGGAAGCUCCUACAAUGCCCUUCUCAUGAUGGCCUGCAAUCUCAGGAAUGGACAAACUGAUGAGGAGUUCUGGGAUGAAGCCCUGGAUAUGGAUUUGGACGAGGCGACAAGGAAGGAAGUCAUCUCUGACCUUGCAGAGCUGAGUCGACAAGCUCGUGACGGCACAGGCUUCUCAGAUGAUCCCAGGCAAACCUUUGAUGAUAGUUUAGAAAAGGAAAGCGUAGAAAGGAAGACAGUUGCCUUUGGAAAAGCACCACCUCGCAGUGAAACAUCUGCAGAUCAGCGUGACAAUGUGUACAGCAGAGGUGGUGUCCGUCGUCAAUCCAACACCAACUACAUCUAUGGCAUGCACCGCGGCCUGAGACGCCUGCUGCCAAAGUUUACCGGUGGACGACCCUAUUCUGCCUUGAUGCACUACGCAGACAGCAUGAUAGCUGAUGUGUACCAGGAGAUGAUUCGUACCGGACAGUUUAUGCCUCUGACCACCCUCGCCAGUGCAACUGAGCCGAGAAAGAUCAACGAGAAAGUAACCAGCGUGGGAGCCAGCUACACCAAGCCGGUACAUGGUGAUCGCUGGUCGGUUUCUACACAGACCGGCAAGAAGGUGGCAAAAACCAGCAAUGAAGAGCUUUUCCACGAUGCCUACUCUUGGAUCGCCCAGGAAAGCAGGGACAAGUACGGCACAAUGAGCGAGAAGCAGCGGUACAAGGAGCAAGUCCUCCCCACCAAGUCAGAUGAAGACAUACUGUACCGGCCCGUGGAAGACGUGGAUGGGGGUAAGGAAGGAUUUGCAAGGAUUGCCUCCCAGCAAGGAACCACGGUGCCUGAGAAAAACGAAGAACCAUUGGAUGAUGGAAUCAAUGAAAAUCUUUGGCUGAGUGUUGAGGAGAACGAUGCUGAUGAAACCAAGCGUAGUGUGAGGUUUGCCGAUGGAAUCAACCCAGGGGAGACAGACAAUGAUAACCAGGAUCAAUCCUCGACAUUCUUCCAGAAACUCGGCUACUACGAGCGGGUGGGCAGCGGCGAACUGCUGCACAAGAAGACGAAGCAACCAAAGCAGAAAGCUCAAAGUAAGGACGAAGAACCGUCAGAAAUUUCCCAGGCCGGCUUGGAACAAGAAGAAGGCGACAAUGACGAGAUACAGCAACCGGAACGACCCCAAGAGAAAACGGAAGAGCGCCCUCUACCAGAAGAAGCGCCACAACAAACUGAUGAGACGACGACAAAGCCUUCUUAUUCACUGUGUAACUGCCUUUAAUUAUCGAAAACUCGGAAUGAAACCCGCAUGACUAAAAACAAAAUAGAAAAAAACUAACAACCUGCAGUUUUAAAAAUCAAUCUUUCCAAAUCGGCGGCAUCUUGAAUUUAGAAAAAGGUCAUUAAAAAUGAAUCACAAGCCAGCGUCAUGUUUUAGAGUAGUCUGUCAAAAAGAUUAUUAUUAUUAACGAGUAAAAAUGUCUAACUUAUACCAGCGAUAACUUGUUUGUGCUUUGUUUAUUUUGUAAAAACAAAUGUGGCGAUAAAGAUUCAGAAUAGCAAAACAAACAUUUUCCCAAAAGAAUUAUUUCCACAGCUGUUCAACAUCCACACUGGAGAUCACUCGUAAGCAGAAUAAUUACACUAUCAUUUAACUUAUCUAGUCCUAUGUUUUAGGGGCAUCAAAAUUGAGAUUGUGUUCACCUUUGAUCGUCGUUGUAUCAACAUCUUCUUUUCUUUCUUUUUUAAAUAUUCAAUAAUUCAGCUUUCAGUGUUUCUUGACUCUACCAAGUCUAUGGAGAAUGUAGUUUAGCCUAUGUUUAUAAUUAUUAUGUAUUUGAACAUUUCUAAAAAUGUCUAGCAACAGACAUUGUCCCUAAAUAUUAGUCAUUACGUUUUAAAAUUCAUCAUCAUGGAUUCAUUGAAAAGAAAUACGGAGGACGGCAUUCACACAUUAGAAUUUCACCUAUGUAUGAGAAAUUAUAGAACCAUUAAUAAAAUAAGAUAGUUAAAGAACAUUCGACUUUUUGAAAUUUCGAGUUGGAAAUUUGAAACGGAAAUCCAUAAAACAUUCAUGUUUUCAAAUACAUUAAUUCGUGACAA